GGCAGAAGAUGUAGAGGGGGAGCGGUGAAAGGUGGGAGCCAUCUGGUACCGUGGUAACAUCUGAAGCAGCAUCCACCAUAAAGGUAGAAAUGGCCAGUCAGUCCCAGGGCAUCCAACAGCUCCUGCAAGCUGAGAAGCGGGCUGCUGAGAAAGUGGCAGAUGCCAGAAAGAGGAAGGCCCGACGCCUGAAGCAGGCAAAGGAAGAGGCACAGAUGGAAGUGGAACAAUACCGCAGGGAGCGAGAACAAGAAUUCCAGAGCAAGCAGCAGGCGGCCAUGGGCUCCCAGGGGAACCUGUCAGCAGAAGUGGAACAGGCUACAAGGCGUCAGGUGCAGGGCAUGCAGACCUCUCAGCAGAGAAACCGCGAGCGAGUCCUGGCCCAGCUUCUUGGCAUGGUCUUCGAUGUCCGGCCCCAGGUCCACCCCAACUACCGGAUUGCUGCCUAAGAUCCGGAUUAGGGUCUGAUUCCUACUGUCAGUUCCUUCCCUCAAAGAAUCCCCAAAUCCAAAUAAUCUCCCAUCAUAAUCUUUCUCUCCAUUCCCUAGAAUUCUAGGAGGUAGGAUCUAAUGAUUCUAAAAUUUUAAGUAUUCUGCUUAGACCUGAAACUCCUUAUAGUCCUUCUUAAAAUGGUUUUAUUUAUCCAUUUAUUAAUGAGAGAGGGGGGAGAAAGUGUCAGCAUUACUCUGGCAUAUCUAAUGCUGGAGACCAAACUCAGGACCUCACACUUGAAAGUCCAGUGAUCUAGCCACUGCACAACUUCACCUACCAACCUGGCUUAUUUAUUUAUUUAUUGAGACACCAGAACACUGCUCUAGUCUGACAUGUGUUGCCAGGGAGGGAACCUCAUAUAUGCAAUUCCUAUAUUCUACCCACUGAGCUACCUCUCUGGCUGCUCCUUACUGCUUUGAUUUUAUUUUUUAAUAUUAUUUUAUUUACUCAUUCAUUAGUGAGAAAAAGAGGAAAGAGAAGAUGCAGAGUAUCAUUCUGACGAUGCUAUGCCUGAGUCUAAUACUUUAUCCAAUGCACCACUUCCUGGGCUGCCAUCUCCUAAUUGUUCUUUAAUCAUCACUGGGAACUUGUAAAUUCCCACGUCAUCCUCAACUCCAUUGUGAAAGCUUGUAGCAUGGAUAGAUAGGGAUGAGGAAAACACCCUGACUUCAGGUGGGAUCCUUCUUCCAACCCUAUCACUUACUGGCUGCACAACUAGGGUUAGCUAGUUUACCUAGAUCUUCAGUGUUGUUUUCUGCAAGACUGAAACAAUAAUAAUGCUCACACUAUAGUGUUUGCUGCAAUGAUUAGUAAUAUUUUUUGUCUUGCCAGAGUACUGCUCAGCUCUGGCUUAUGGAGGUAUUGGGAUUGAAUUUGACACCUUGGGUCCUCAGGCGUGAAAGCCUUUACCAUCUUCUUAUUGUUUUUCUUUGUUUGAUAGAAACAGAGAAAUUGAGAGAUAAGGGGGACAUAGAAAGGAAGAGAGAAAGAUAGGCACCUGCAGCAUUACUUCACUCAUGAUGCUUUUCUCAUGCUGGUGGGGACCAGGGGCUUGAACCCAGGUCCUUGUGCAUGUAAUGUGUGUGCUCUAUGUGGUACACCAUUACCAUAAAGUCUCUUUGCACAACAGUUAUAUCUCACUAACCCUAGUGACUUUUUUUUUUUAAGAGCUUAGCAUGGUUUCUGGCAUGUUGUAACUGUGGUUCAAUAAAUGGCAACCUUAUAGUGUUAUAGCCACUCCCUAUUCACCUGUUAAAACACAGCUGUUUAAACACUUCCUCACAUAAAAGAGAACUUCUGUCUGUAGCUAUCUAACUCUACUCUUUCAUUCUCUGACUCUAAUAUUUCUGAGUUGAUUUUUCUUUUUUCUUGAGACCUUAUAAUCCCUGACAAAAACUGAAAUGACUUCAUUUAGUCACUCUACUGUGGUUUCCAGAUAAAUUCGUUUCUCUUAAAUUGGUAUUUCUCUUUCUCAGAUUUCUCUCUGUUAGAUGCUCACUGCUUCCUGAGAUGUGAAAUGAUGUGUUCUUUUGUGUGCAUGGCCUUCCUUUCUAUAUCCUCAACACCUUCCUUUCCCUUUGUGACAGUAAAUAGUAUCAAUAAAAUGAUUAUAGGCAAAAUAAA